AUGUGGACCAAAGGACUAACUUACUCGACUCCUGCGUUGCAGUCUUCUGCUGUGGCGCUGCUUGGCCGUGGAUGCUUGCGCGGAGUGCAUUCCCGCCGCAGCAUUCGUAUGUGGGACCGGGUACAGCCGUCGCUCUGGCAUCCUUUGGCGUCACUGGAGCAGUCGCUCAUGGACGUAGAAGUGAUGGCUCAACGAGUGUUCUCGCCUCGCUUCCCACCGUUUGCGCCGUUUGCGCCCGACACGUUGCCGAAACUACAUCAUGACGACAAAGAGUUUUUCAAGGACCUGCCAAUCAAGAGACCAGAAGAAGUGACGAAAGCGACGCUAAAAGCUGCGGCGCCAGAGUAUAGUGCGUCCGAGAAGAAGGGGGUCGACGCUGCCCUUGACACGAACGAGUCGUCAACUGGCGCCGAGGGCACUAUACCUCACCCGUCAUUCACGUCAUACUCGUACACGUACUCGACCGUGCUAGACCAUAGUGGUCACCGUAUCGGGACAUCUCGUCGACGUUACGAGGACUCGACGGGGCGUUUGAAGGCCACCCACGAGCGCGAGAUUGAUGGCAAGAAUUUAAAGACGGUGUGGCAGCGUUCCAAUACUCAAGACGAGGGCGGGCAUGAGACGGUCUGCUCAAGCGGUAGCCCGGACGAGUUUGAAAAGGAGUGGCUUGUGACACCAUUCGGCCGUGCCGAGGACGAGGAGCUGGCUAAGUGGAUGGAAGAACGAGAGCGUGGUGUGUACAAAGCUUUUGGCAUUGAGUACAAUUCCGAUGAACCGAAGCAAAAUGAGAUGACGAAUGAAGAGCGCAAAGUGGUGGAGGAAGUUGGCACAGAGCGAAAGGAGAAGAUUCAGGAAAUGUCGAAGCGGCAGGAAGAGGAGACGACUUCUCCGGAGUAUACGUCGUAA